AUGAGAGAAAUUGUUCACAUACAAACCGGCCAGUGUGGUAACCAAAUAGGUGCCAAAUUCUGGGAAGUUAUCUCAGAUGAGCACGGUAUCGACUACUCUGGCUCUUAUGUUGGAGACACCGACCUUCAACUAGAAAGAAUAUCCGUAUAUUAUAACGAGGCAGCUGGUGGAAAACAUGUUCCACGCGCUGUCCUUGUCGACCUUGAACCCGGUACCAUGGACUCCGUUCGUGCGGGUCCUUUUGGUCAACUUUUCCGCCCAGAUAACUUCGUCUUUGGCCAAAGUGGUGCUGGUAACAACUGGGCUAAGGGUCACUACACAGAAGGUGCCGAACUUGUCGACUCCGUAUUAGAUGUCGUUCGCAAAGAAGCCGAGUCUUGUAACUGUUUACAAGGUUUCCAAUUCACUCACUCACUCGGUGGUGGUACUGGUGCCGGUAUGGGUACUUUGCUCAUCUCCAAAAUCCGUGAAGAAUAUCCCGACCGUAUGAUGUGCACAUUCUCUGUUGUACCUUCACCCAAGGUAUCAGACACUGUCGUCGAGCCAUAUAAUGCUACACUCUCCGUACAUCAAUUGGUUGAAAACUCCGAUGAGACUUUCUGUAUCGACAACGAGGCUUUAUACGAUAUCUGCUUCCGCACAUUAAAAUUGAGCACACCAACAUAUGGCGAUCUUAACCACCUAGUAUCCGCCGUCAUGAGUGGUGUUACGACAUGUUUGCGUUUCCCAGGUCAAUUAAACGCGGACCUGAGGAAGUUGGCUGUCAACAUGGUACCUUUCCCACGUCUUCACUUCUUCAUGGUUGGUUUUGCGCCCUUGACUUCCCGAGGAUCUCAAGGUUAUCGCGCCUUGACCGUCCCUGAGUUAACGCAACAGGUGUUCGACGCAAAGAAUAUGAUGGCUGCAUCAGAUCCUCGUCACGGAAGGUAUUUGACAGUUGCCGCCAUGUUCCGAGGUCGCUGUUCAAUGAAGGAAGUUGAAGAUCAAAUGUUGGCCGUACAAACCAAGAAUAGUUCAUACUUUGUCGAAUGGAUUCCCAGUAAUGUUAAAACCGCUGUUUGUGAUAUUCCACCAAAGGGUCUUAAGAUGUCGGUCACAUUUAUUGGUAAUUCUACUUCCAUCCAAGAAUUAUUCAAACGUAUCAGUGACCAGUUCACUGCUAUGUUCCGACGUAAGGCUUUCCUGCAUUGGUAUACUGGUGAGGGUAUGGAUGAAAUGGAAUUCACUGAAGCAGAAUCAAACAUGAACGAUCUGGUAUCUGAAUAUCAGCAAUACCAAGAAGCUUCUGCCGAAGAGGAGCAAGAAUACGAAGAAGAGGAGAUGGAAAACGAAGCCGAAGCUUAA